AUGAAGAGCUGUGGCGAAUGGUUUGCUACGGAACUUACCACCCUUAAAGCAGCAGCCUGGAGAAACUUUACUGUUGAAGGUGCUGUUGAACCCUCUCCUUGCAACUUCAGUGCAUGUGCUGUUGGGAAUCGUGUGGCUCUUUUUGGUGGGGAGGAAAUCAACUUGCAACCCAUGAAUGAUACAUUUGUUCUGGACCUGAACUCAAGUAAUAUAGAGUUGCAUUGUUGUAGCAUGGGCUGCGAAAGGCAAAGUUUACUCACUGAUGUAGUCAUUCAGAAUUUGGAUGCCAAACAUCCUGCUUGGCGUGAAAUCUCCAGCUUAGCUCCUCCACUUCCUAGAUCUUGGCAUAGCUCCUGUACUCUCAUAGGACCAAGCGGGUUGUUUCUGGUGGUUGUGCCGAUUCUGGAGUACUUCUGA